AAAAAGAUUAAAAAUCAUAAAAAUAAGUAAUUUUAAUAUUAAUUACAAGAAUCAAUAAUACCAUAAGCACAUACAAUAUUCAAAAAUCAUAAAAAAAUAGAUAAUAAUAUUGUAAUGGCUGUAAGAACAUAGCAACACAACAGGAUUUUCGCAAAUAACUCUUAGCUGAUAUUAGGGACGUAGAAUAGCCUGAUUUAAGAAAAUAAUGGUUUAUCUAAUUCAACAGUGUUUCAAAAUGACCAAUUAAGCAUGCUUUCUCCAAUAAAGAAUCCAUAAUCAAUUAAGCAUAUGAGGUCUUCAUCGUAAAAUGUGUUACAAGAUAUUUAAAGCCCUGAGUAACUACCAAAAAUUAAAAGACCUCGUAAAACAGAAAACACAAUAAAUCUAUUUUAAGAAGCUAAAUAACAGCAAAUUUAAAAUAACUUAUUGGAUAGCAAUUAAGCGAAUCCUUAAUAAAAAAUAAAUCAGUCUUCGACAAAAAAAUCUAUGUCUGAUAUGCUUUAGGAUUGGCUAGUAAAUUCUAAUUCAAAUUUAACAUAUAACGAUAUCAUUAAAGGUUAGACCCAAACCGAUAACACACAAUCGCUUCCUAUGAAUAAUUUAAACCAAGCUAAUAUUUCUUCUAUAACUCCAAGUGGACCCUAAAACGGUAGUGGUAUUCCUUAAAAUGAGAAUGGAAGAUUGAGUACAUAAAAUAAUUAAAUUUCAUCAACCCCUAUAAAAUAUUACAGAAAAUCUGAUAAUAUUUUUACAUCACCUGUUAAGAGAACAACCAUUAUAGAUUCUAACUAAAAAAAUAUACUUGAAACUAUGGAAAAGCCUGGUAUUUAGAAUAAAACUCCAUUAGGUGGUAACACUUUUAUUAAGGAUUAAAUUGAUUUAUAGGCUUCCAAGAGCUAGAGAUAAAGUGAAAAAAUAAAUAACUAAGAAAAUGGUUAGGAACCUUAAAAUAUUUAAUCUUAAGAAAUUACUUAACUGCCUCUCAACAAUUAAGGAAAUAAGAUAGUUUCUGUAAGAAACUCAGCUUAGAAAUGGUUUAACAACAACAAUAAUUAGUAAGGAAUAAACGUGAAUGUUCAAGCUCCAACUAUACCAACCAGUAAUAAACUAACAAGUAGUAUGCUUAGUUAAUCUUAACCAUAGUUAAUAACAACUAAAACAUAAAUAAAUUAAACAAACAUUUUGAAUUCUAUUCUAACGCAUAAUAAUUAGCAAAAAAGGCUACAAGAUUUGGGCAGCAGUGUACCUGGAAAAACAUCUAAUAAUAAUGGAGAAAACGCUUCAGAGGUUGUAAGCUAUUUAAAAAUAAACUAAAAUGGCCACCAAAUACCCAUUGUAAAGUAAAAUCCUACUUAAAGUGGCUAUACUACUUCGAUAGGAACAAAACCAAAUAUUACCUUAAGAAGAGAUAAAAUAAGAAACUCUUCUAUGAUACCAAUUGAUACUUCUUCAUAAUAUUAGUAAGCUGACAGUGUAAGAGAUUUCUUAGGAAUAGAAAAACCUACAGAAGAAAAGCAAACAAUUGUUAAAAUUAAUGGAGCUAUUUAAAAUAAUUAAAAUCCUGCAUAAGUUGGUAGAUUUAAAAUAAGAAAAAUCAGCUACUAAACUGAAGAAUAAGUGAAUCAACCCAUACAAUAAAAUACUGUAAAUAAUGUCGCUACUACAAAUUAAAAUAAUUUAAACUAAUAACAAGAAAAUAAUUAAAAUUAAGGAUCUCUAUCUCAUCUACCACUUUCGCCAACUCUUUCCCCAUAAUUAAAAGGGAAAAGAAAUAUUUCACCAACUAUGAAUAGUAGCACUGUGUUUCCAAAUUCAAUACCUUCUCUUAAUUUAAUUUCUCAGGACAAUGAUAUAAAUUCUUCAAAUUCAGACAAUAAUAAUAUAUUAAUUUUGAAUAAUGUAGAAUAAAAUAAGAAAAUAACAUAAAAAAAAUUAAAACUGAAUUCAGAUCAUGAAAUUAAUUCAAACAAGCUUGAAUUACUAAAACUCUAACAAGCUUGGAAUUUUGAUAGUUAAAAUGAAAAUAAUUAAUAGUACCAGUAAACUCAGCAAGAAUAAAUGUAAUAACCUCUUCCUCCUUAUUAAAAUAAAUAAUAAUAAUAAUAAUAAUAAUAGUAGUAGUAGUAGUAGUAAUAAAAUAUGAUGUAAUUAAUAAUUUAAUAAUAACCAAAUAAUCAAAUAUACAGUGGAGAUUAUUAUGGGCACUUUUAAUAUGUAAGAGGUUCUAUAAUAAAGAGUAAGAGUAUACUAAAAUAUAAAUCUACUGAUCCAAACAAUCCAUAAAAUUAUGCAUAAAUGGGAGAUGAAGGCAGAAACUAAUCUCCAGAUCAAAAUGAAAAACGCAAAAAUCUACAUGCCCCAGAUACAAAAUAAGCUUAAAAUAUGAUUUCUUAUCAAAAAAUAAGAGGACAAAGAAAAUACAACUCUAUGUCUAAUUUCUAAGAAAUUAAUUAAAAUGGUUAAAGAAAAAAAUGUGUGAACUUUAAAGAAACAUUAAGAGUUAUCAAUCUUCACAGAGGAACUGAAAGUAUUGAAAGACUAAAAAAACCUCUAACAGGUAGUCUAAUUUGA